CAGAAAGUCGAUGAAUCGCGAUCGAGGCCCCUCCAAAACACAUACAUAUACUUUCUCUUUAAGGCGGCAACACGUGCCAAGGUGUGAUCGACGAAACAGAAAUCGAAUCGUUCAAGAGUUAAUUCUGAGACGUUCGGAUAAUCUGAGGAUGGUGAAGUAAUGGCAGAUGUUACGAAAAGAUGGAUAACGUGUGUUCUAGUGACAGUUCUGGCAUGCGUGUUAUUUCCUACCCGUGGCUUCGCUCAAUCGGACGGCGAAGAGUACAGAGGGAAAUAUCUUGGAAAGUUGAACGCGUAUCAUCAUCAGGUGUCCGGUGACGUUUACGUGGUGGACGAAUACACGUUGCUGUUGACGUCCUUCAGCUACGACGGUAACGGAGCCGACACCUUCUUCUGGGCUGGUGCAUCGAAUCGACCGGGCCCUCAAGGUUUCAUCGUACCCGACGAAUGGGGAAAAACAAACGUCCUAGAUCGAUAUUUUAAUAAAGACUUUACGCUCACCUUACCGGAUAAUAAAAAGAUAACAGAUAUCAAAUGGUUUGCUGUAUACGAUCUUGGAAGUCAGAAUACGUUUGGAGACGUAUACAUUCCUGAAGAGUUCGAUCCACCGGCUCCUCAGAAGAUCUCUCAGCUAACAAAACGAUCGCACGGAGUGUCUUCCGAGUCUAUCGUAAUCGUCGAUUCUAAAACCAUAAAAAUACCAGAAUUUAAAUACGAUGGAGAAGGAACAGACACCUAUUUCUGGGUGGGACUUGGUCCUCAACCUUCCAGCAAAGGAACCAAAGUUCCCGACGAGUAUGGAUAUUUGGAUCCACUUCGUGCUUAUAAAGAGGAAGACGUGAUUAUUCAGUUACCGGGGGAUAUGACUGUUUUCAAUAUCGACUGGCUGAGUAUCUUUGACGUAAAGACCAAAUCAAACUACGGCUCCGUCAUCAUUCCUGAUGGUUUGAACGUGCCUCCUUCCUUAGUAAAAGUGAUUAAGCACGCACAGGCCUUGCCAAACUGCGUUCAACUUCAUAAACGCUAUCAAGUUAGCUGGGAAAUUUUUGGUCCUCAAAUCACUGUUCAAUUAACUGGGCAGAUCAAUGAAAAUGAAUACAUGGCGUUUGGACUAUCAGGUUCAGAGACUUCCAGCCAAAUGGAAGGGGCUGAUGCUGUAAUUGCUUAUAUGGACGGUACCAGAGGAUACGCCGUUGAUUAUAAUAUUACCGCCAAAGCGCCAUGUGGAAAGGUUCUUGGUCAGUACAAAGGUGUUUGUAAGGAUGAACUAUUUGGUGCUCAGGACAACAAUCAAUUAUAUACAGCUGCAAGAGACGAUGGAAUUACAGUUAUCACUUAUAGGCGUACACUUAAUUCUUCCGAUCCAGGAGAUAAAGAAUAUCCAACAGAUAGACCAGUUUAUGUGGUGUGGGCUCUAGGAAGGCUAGACGAAAACAAGGAACCAUAUUUUCAUGAUAUAUAUCCUAAAAGUGAUUUGAAGUUGGAAUUAGCUCGUCAAGAACCCGAGAACACGUGCAUGGAUUUUACAGAGACCAAUGAAAAAUUAAUAGAACCCUGGGAGAAGAACGAAGUAUUUGACAGAAGUAUUCGAACCUUUAGAGCAACCAUUGGACCAUCUGGAGGCAAGAAGGGCUAUCAAGGAAUCACAAAACAAGCGUCCACAGGUCUGGCAUGGUACAUCGAAGGUCAAUUAAUUCCCGAAUUGUACCUGCGUCGAGGACUAACUUAUAGUUUUCGAGUUCAUGGAGGAAAUAAUCCUCAUAGUUCUAAUUUGUAUCAUCCGCUAAUUAUUACUACCGAGCCACACGGCGGAUAUGAUAGACUUAGUGACGCAGCACAGAACAGAAUCAGAGUCUUAGCCGGUGUUGAGUUUACCAGAAGAGGUCAACCCAGACCAACAGCAGUUGGCCCACUUUGCCUGAGUAAGCAUAACAAACGAGACAGAAGAUUGGAUGACGAUUUUCCAACGUUCAAGCAAUUUAACAGAACACUGAUAAGCAGCUGUGAACCAGGAGAAGGUGGAGUUUUGGAAGUUACACCAAACUCUACGUGGCCAGACAUUGUUUACUAUAAUUCAUUCACCCAUGCGAACAUGGGCUGGAAAAUACAUGUGGUGGAUGCUUACUUAAGGAACGUUGCUGUUGCUGAAAAAUUGUCGUUACUCGCAGGAAUGAUGGCUGUGUUUUUUCAUUUGUUAUAAAAGUAGAUACAUUUUGUU